AACCAUGUCGGGCAUUGGGCCGGACCCAACCCGGCCCGACCCGUGCCAUCUCUAGUGACGGAGUCAUUCAGUUAUAAUUCCCAUUUCCCCUCCUCCUCCCCCCUCAACACAUUCUUCCAUGAAUGUCCCACAACUCACUUUCCAUGUGAUUGCUUCAACAUUUUUACUAAUCAAGCUUCCCCCCUUUUUCUCUCUCCUCUUAUUCCACUGCUUCUGCAUCAUUCCCAAGUCCCCUGUUUUCACAUUUAUUUCAAUCCCAAUUAAUGCACAACAUUGCCAUAAAUGCCCUUUUUUCCAAAAAUUAAUUCAUAACAUUUAUUAAUUUAUCGGGGGUUACAAUUCUUAUAACCCAUUUUCGUUAAACUCAUUUUAAUUCCCAGAAUUUUCAGCAAAAAAAUUUCACAGAAAUGAAGAAUGUUAUGAGUGUGAGGAAAACUGUAAACAGGGGAUCUCUGUUUUUGUAUGUGGCAAUAACAAUCGGGUUUUGUUUUGCCACUUAUUGUGCAUUAUUAUUGAGUGCUCAUGAUCGGGCCCGGGUUGACCCGGUUAUUAAGAUGCCCGAGGAACGGAAACGGGCCGGGUUCCAAAACCCGAAGAAGUUGUUCCAUGUAGCAGUAACGGCUACUGAUACACCAUAUAGCAAAUGGCAAUGUAGAAUAAUGUACUAUUGGUACAAGAAGGUUAAGGAUUUGCCCGGGUCCGGUAUGGGUGGGUUUACUCGGGUUUUGCAUUCGGGCCGGGCCGAUAAUUUGAUGGAGGAAAUCCCUUCUUUUGUGGUGGAUCCUUUACCCGAUGGAAUUGACCGGGGAUAUGUUGUGCUAAAUAGACCUUGGGCAUUUGUGCAAUGGUUGGAAAGAGCAACAAUUGAGGAAGAAUAUGUGUUGAUGGGUGAACCGGACCAUAUAUUCCUAAAACCCUUACCAAACUUAGCAUACGGUAAAUACCCGGCCGCAUAUCCAUUUUUCUAUAUCCAACCCGCCCAAAAUGAGAAGAUCAUAAGGAAGUUUUAUCCGAAAGGCUCAAUAUCGAAUGUGGAUCCAAUCGGAAAUUCCCCUGUCAUAAUCACAAAGUCUCAACUGAAGAAAAUCGCGCCUACUUGGUUGAAUAUAUCCUUGCAAAUAAAGAAUGAUCCAGAAGCAGACCGCACCUUUGGCUGGGUGCAAGAAAUGUACGCGUACGCCAUAGCUUCAGCAUUACAUGGUGUGAAGCAUAUUCUUCACAAAAAUUUCAUGGUUCAACCUCCAUGGGACUUGGAUAUUGGUAGUAAAACUUACAUCAUACAUUUUACCUAUGGUUGUGAUUAUACCAUGAAGGGAAACCUUACUUAUGGAAAGAUUGGUGAAUGGCGUUUUGACAAGAGAUUGUAUCUUAAUGGCCCUCCACCGAAAAAUCUUACACUGCCUCCUCCUGGAGUUCCUGAGACUGUGGUAAGACUAGUAAAGAUGGUGAAUGAAGCUACGGCCAAUAUUCCUGGUUGGGAAACUCUUUAAUUGACGUCUUAUGAACAUAACAUACACAUAAUUCGUGUACAAAGUAUAGAAGGUGUUUUUAGUUAGUUGGGAUUAAAAAAGAAAAUGUACUUGAUCGAAAUUGAAAGCAAUAGUAUUACAUACUACCUUCGUUUCUGAAAGUUCUUUACAAUUAUUA